AUGUUUGCUUUACGUUCAAUUCGAAUUUGGCAGAAUGGUUGUCACCAGGCAAUUUGUCAAGUACGGCAUGCAUCAUCCAAGCGCUGGCAAGCCCGGCAACAAAAGGAUCAAUUCACCAGAGAGGCAGCUGUCCAAGGGCUGAAAAGCCGUGCUGCUUUCAAAUUGCUACAGAUUGAUGAGAAAUAUCGAAUCUUCAAGGGUGGGCAGACAGUUGUUGACUUGGGUUAUGCUCCGGGGUCGUGGUCGCAGGUUGCUGCAAGCCGCACUCAACCGCAUGGUCGAGUCCUUGGUGUUGAUAUAAUCCCAGCCCAACCGCCGAAAGGAGUGUCCACAAUCCAAGGCAAUUUCCUCGCACCCGAAAUUCAAACAUAUAUCCGAGACUUUCUCCGCAGUCCAGACAGAGGCAGGCCGCGCCAACCCGGCUUUCUGGACGAUUCAAGUGUCAGUCUAUUAGAGCCGAAUUCAGAUACCCAACGCACGACGGAGGCUGGGAAUACGGAUACCAGGGGUGAUAAAAUACUUGAAAGAACGGUAGAUGUGGUUCUUAGCGAUAUGUCUGCUCCCUGGCACCAGACCUCGGGUUUCUGGAAACGAAGUCUAAGUGCUCCUUAUAAUAGGAUGAUGAACACCAGCGGUGUCAGCUUCAGAGAUCAUGCUGGAAGUAUGGAUCUCUGCCACGCGGCUUUGCGCUUCAGUUCGGAUGUUCUGAAGGCAGGCGGUCAUUUCGUCUGCAAAUUCUACCAAGGUGCCGAAGACAAAGAACUGGAGCAGCAGCUGAAGGAACUAUUCAAAAAAGUUCACCGUCUGAAACCCGAAUCAUCUCGCAGUGUAUGA